AUGCCAAAGGUAAAAAGCCACCAUGAUUAUUUCAAUGAGCAGGCAAUAGCAUGCCAACUCAGACAAUUUGCCGGAGGAAAGGAAAUAGAUCUCCCUCUAUCUUGGCGCGCAGUAGCAGUUGGCCAGAUUGGUAAUGUUUUGCGCCGCGCUUAUCAAAACAUUGGCAAAUUAAAUACUGCCUUGCAUAAACAGCGCACAGUGCUCCUUCAAGAUGUGAAGCUUGGGCGGAUGACCAAGGCCACUGUGGUUGUAUCAAGAGAUAAAAAGCCCUUGAUCAUAUAUCUCCCCCACGCUGUUGCAAAACAUGUAGAGCGAAAAGCAAUGGUGGCCACCUUGGGCAUUGAUACCAUCCUAGCAAAAGGAAUGAAAUCCAAAGGCAAUUGGCGUAGUCGCCGAGAAAGAUUCAAACCUUAUGGUAAAUUGCCUAUUGGCCAGGAGGCUUUUUCGGGUGGCUGGUAUGCUCAAGGACAUGCAAACAGCAAUGCUCUUCCACGCCCAUCAGUGAGCCUCCGUAGCGCUAAGAACUCAGGUGCUACGGAGCGGUGGCUCAAAGAAACUGCAACUCUCAACAAGAGCAUCAACCUCAUUAUGGGAGCAGUGCAUCCAGACUCCUAUUGUGCUGGAGUCAAAGCAUUGAAUGGUAUGCGCACCAGGGCUCUGCCAGAUGAUGUUAAAUGGGUGGAACUUUGGCAGCCAGUGGCAACAGCUAUGGCCGUUGUCUCCAAUGGCACAAGCCUGGCACAUUUUGACUACAAGGGUGAUGUCAAACAAUUUGACGCAUUGACUAACCUUGGUGCAGACCAGGUUGAGCUUGGGUUUCCAGACCUGGGUGGUAACUUCCACUAUCAUGGUGGUUCAGUGGUUCUCUUCUCUGGGAGGCUCUUCAAGCAUGAAGUGAAGGAUUGGGUGGUGGGGGAGAGGAUUGGAUAUGCAUAUUUUAUGUGUGCAGAAGUUCAAAAGGCAUUUAGGGAAAGGGCGGUGGGUUGGGCUUGUAUGCCUAGGAAGUGGGGCAAGACAAAGUAG